AUGGCCUCGGAGCGGGACGUGCGCGCCCGGCUGCAGCUGGCCGGCCAGGAGCACCUCCUGCGCUUCUGGGCCGAGCUGGCGCCGGGGCCGCGCGCCGCGCUGCUGGCCGAGCUCGAGCCGCUGGACCCCGCGGCGCUGCGCGAGCACUGCCGGCAGGCGGCGGCGGCCUGCGCGCGCCCUCCGGGCCCGGACCCCGGCCUGGCCGCGCGCCUGCGGCCCCUGCCCCCGGAACGAGUGGGCAGCGCGAGCCGCAGCGACCCCGAGACGCGGCGGCGCUGGGAGGAGGAGGGUCUCCGCCAGAUCGCCCUGAACAAGGUGGCCGUCCUGCUGCUGGCCGGGGGACAGGGCACUCGUCUGGGUGUGGACUACCCCAAGGGCAUGUACCGCGUGGGGCUCCCCAGCCGGAAGACCCUCUACCAGCUGCAGGCCGAGCGGAUCCGGCGCGUGCAGCAGCUGGCCAGCCAGCGCCACGGGGCGCGCUGCACGGUGCCCUGGUACAUCAUGACCAGCGAGUUCACGCUGGGGCCCACGGCCGCCUUCUUCCGCGAGCACGGCUUCUUCCAGCUGGACCCCGCCAGCGUCGUCCUGUUCGAGCAGCGCAUGCUGCCCGCCGUGAGCUUCGAGGGCAGGGCCAUUCUCGAGCGCAAGGACAAAGUCGCCAUGGCCCCAGACGGCAACGGUGGCCUGUACCGCGCGCUGGCGGACCACCGCGUCCUGGAGGACAUGGAGGUCCGCGGGGUGGAGUUUGUGCACGUGUACUGCGUGGACAACAUCCUGGUGCGCCUGGCCGACCCCGUCUUCCUGGGCUUCUGCGUGCUGCGAGGAGCCGACUGUGGCGCGAAGGUGGUGGAGAAGGCACAGCCCGAGGAGCCCGUGGGUGUGGUGUGCCAGGUGGACGGUGUCCCCCAGGUGGUGGAGUACAGCGAAGUCAGCCCUGAGACCGCAGGACUGCGGGCCCCGGAUGGGGGCUUGCUCUACAACGCAGGCAACAUCUGUAACCACUUCUUCACCCGAGGCUUCCUCCAGAUGGUCACCAGGGAGCUGGAGCCUCUGCUGCCAUUGCACGUGGCGGUGAAGAAGGUCCCGUACGUGGACGACCAGGGAGCUCUGGUGAAGCCGCAGACACCCAAUGGGAUAAAGAUGGAGAAGUUUGUGUUCGACGUGUUCCCGUUUGCCAGAAACUUCGUGGCCUUUGAAGUGCCGAGGGAGGAGGAGUUCUCCCCGCUGAAGAACGGGGAGCCGGCCGACAGGGACUGCCCCUCCACGGCCAGACGCGCCCUGCUCUCUCAGCACUACCGCUGGGCUCUGCGGGCCGGGGCCCGCUUCCUGGAUGCCCAGGGGGCCCGGCUCCCCGAGCGGCCGUGCUUGCCCCAAGAUGAAGACCCUCCGGCCAUCUGUGAGAUAUCGCCCUUGGUUUCUUACGCCGGAGAGGGUUUGGAAGUGUAUCUGCGAGGCCGGGAGCUGCAGUCCCCAUUCAUCCUGGAUGAGGCUCGGGCCAGGGAGCUGCUGCCACAGGAGCCCUGACCACUCCCAGACCGCCCGGCCCCGGCUGGGGCGCAGAGUGCUCCUGGCCUCCAGCCUGCAAACACAGCCUUGCUUCUGGAGGGCGGGCCCCUCCUGUCCACCUGACUGCUGGCCUGGAACAGGAUGCUGGGGGCUCUGGCGUCCCACAGUGCAGCGGCCGUGCCUUUGGGAGCCAGCCCUGGCCGCCACGUGGGUGCAGCUCAGCCAGGCUGGGGUGCGCCCCCCCCCCCAAGAGCCGGUGACACCGACGACGGUGGCCCGGGCAGGUGCUGAUUUGUCAGGCGUGGAGCUGGGCACGCCCCUCGCCGCCCCUAGGGCCCAGGCUCCUCCCCAGCUCCCUGUGAUGAGGGUGCGGGAGCCCGCUGGCCGGCCGCUUGCCCCGCGCUGUCACCCAGUAGUGUGGACUUGCUCCUUCCUUCCCCCUGACGUGAGCGGCGGCCACGACACAAGUCAGGGUGUGUCCCGCCCUGCCGGCCCCCGCUCAUCCCGACCGUGCCUUGUCUUCUGAGGGUGGGCUUAAAGGCAGGGCGAAGCCCCGCCCCCAGGCUCAGCCCCUCGCCAGCAGGUGCUCUGCGGAGCUGACCGCGGUAGCUGCGCCCUCUCUCCUACGCAAGGACAGGUGCUGAAACAACUCACUGUCUAAAACUGCAGAUGGCUAUCAACCUCACGGAGAAUGGUAUAAAAGAAAAUCAGCAACCCAGAGGCCCCGUGUGUCCUUCCCCGUCUCCCCGGCGGGCCUCUCCCUCCCUCGGCUACAGGACGUGGAGCCCAGGGACGCGGCCCCGCCCGGGGUGGCCCAGGUCACCGCCCUCGCACGCCGCG